AUGUCUUCAACUACAUCAUUAAAAUGUCAACUUAUUGUACGUAAUCUAUCGAAACGUACAACUACAAAACAAUUACAGCAAUACGCAUCACGUUACGGUUCGGUUCUUGAUUGUUACUUAACUGACACGGACGGCGAAGGUUUUAUUGAAUUUAAUGAUCGUAUGAGUGUCGAUGUUUUUAUGGAUAAACGGCCACAUUCCAUCGAUGAAAACGAGCUACAAUUUCAACGUUGUUUGCCGCCAACAGAAUUGCAAAAGCCAGUUAAACGUAUUUUUAUUCGUGGCACUGUGCAACAAUUAACAGAUAGUCGCCUAGCAAAUUAUUUUGAUAAAUACGGUAAACUUUUAUCUUGUACAAUACCGAAAGGAAAACGUAAUAAUACAUUUACACAUUUUGGCUAUGCUUUUGUCGCAUUCGACGAUGAAGAUAUUGUCGAUAGAAUUAUUCAAGAUAAACCACAUUUCAUGGAUGGAUUAGAACUGGAAAUACAAAAAGCCGAAGAUUUAACGCGUAGUCGCCGAGCAUCAUUAUCGCGAUCGCCAAGUUCGCGUUCAUCUCGUUCACCAAUACGUUCAAUUCCAAUGAUGAAUAAUAACAAUAAACGUCCUCGACGUGAUUCACCUUCACCACCGCCACUACCACCACCGUCAUUACCCUUAAAACGUCCUAUUCGUAAUCCAGAUGAACUAACAAUACGACAAUUAGAAGAAGAAAAUCGCCGUUUACAUGAACACCUCAUGCUCGCCAAACGCCAUUACGAUGAAGACAUGUGGAAAGUAAGACGAGAGCUGGAAGAUGAACGUCGACGUUAUGAUCAAUUAAAACUCGAAUACGAUUAUGCACGUCGGGAUUUAGCACAUGUAACAGCGGAAUUUCAACAGAAAACAUCAGCAAGACAUUUGAAUUCGAAUCCAAAACGUGAUCUAUCAUCAAGACGCUAG